CCAUUCCCUCUCCUCCACUCUUCGACGAGCUACCAGGCCCAGGCCCAGACCCAAGCCCAAGCCCAAGCCCGAAGCUGAAGCCUCCCCGGCGACGAUGGCCGCCGCCGAGCCGCCGCCGCCCACCGGGAUGGGAUUCCUCGGCCUGCUCAGCUUCCGCCGCAGCGCCACCGCCGUCGCCUCCUUCGACCCCGCGCAGGACGACGAGCUGCAGGUGCUCGACGCCCUCCAGGCCCACGUCGCCGACCGCCUCGCCGCGCUCUCCUCCUCCGUCUCCGGCAGUCAGGCCCCGCUCCUGUCUCUUGCCUUCCUCUCCAAGCUGCUCGACGCGGUGCUCUCCUCUGACGAGGCCUUCCGCGAGGUGCUCGGGAUCGGCCCCGUCGCCGCCGCGCUCUCCAGGCCGCCGGCCGACCGCCUCGCUGUCGAUCUCCUCGACCGCGCCGUCAAGACCCUUGAUAUACUCAACGCGGUCUCCCUCACGCUCGCGUCGCUCCGGGGCUCGCACCGCGCGGCGCUUACCGCGGCGUCUUGCCUCCUCGCCCCGCCUCUGCACCGCGCCCACUUCGGCCGCGCGCGCCGGGCCAUCUCCAGGCUGUUCCCGGACGCCGCCAAGCUCGCCGCCGCGCCUUCCCCGACAUGCCGCACCGGCGCGGGACGCGCGCUGUCCUUCAGCGUGUCCAGGAACUGGUCCUCCAGUCGCCACGUGAACGCCAUGGCGGCGCACCUCGCGCCGCCGCCGCAGUCGCCCUCGGCCGCUUCCGCCGGCGCCGGGUGCGGGCUUGGGCUGGCCCUCUACACCAUGAGCUCGGUUCUCGUCUUCUGCAUGUGGGCGCUGGUUGCGGCGGUGCCGUGCCAGGACCGGGCGUCCGCGGCUUCCAAUCCCCCGGUGGCGCCGCCGAAGCAGGUGCAGUGGGCGGCGCCGAUGUCUGCUCUCCAGGAGCGGAUCGCCGACGAGUGGAGGAAAAAGGACAAGAAAGGGUCUUCGUCCGGGUUAGCGGCGAUGACGGGGCUCCUCGCCGAGAUGCAAGCCGUGGAGCGCGCCGCGCGGGAGCUGAGCAGUCUCCUCGAGGAAGUCGCCGAGGAGGAGGAGGAGGAGGAGCUGGUGAUGGGCGUGAGAGAGCAGCGCGCGGACGACGUGGUCGAGCGCGCCCAGGCUCUCGCCGCCGCGUGCCAUGCUCUGGAGGAAGGCCUCGCGCCGCUGGAGCGGCAGGUGCGCGCCGUGUUCCACCGCGUCGUCGCCAGCCGCGGCGAGGUGAUGCGCAUCAUGGAGCACAGCGCGCGCAGCAGCAGCGCGGCGGCGGCGGCAUCCGGAUCCAGCGCGUCGCCGCACCACCAUUCCUUCUGAAGUUCCGGCGUGCCGUCCGGUGGAGGGAAACCCAGGAUGGUCGUCGGUAGUUGAUUUGAUUUAAUUAGGAGGAUGCUUAAAAAAAACUUUUUUCUCUUUUUCCCGUACUCUACCAUUCUUUGAUUUUUAUCUGUUGCUGCCACCGCCGUCUUUGUGAUUUUGUAGAUUUGCCUGUAAAAACUAACUUUUUGUUGGGUUAGUGUUUAUUGCUGUUCAAUCUUUAUGCUGAAGAGCAAGAAAAAAAUUGUUGAAACUGGUGAAAUGAAAGUGUCAAGGAAUGCAGAAAUUGUAAAUCUCAAAUGAGGAUUUUCCUUCUUGCUCUUGAUUCUGAAUUUCAUCAUCAUAUAUUCAUGUCAUUUGAAGCCUGAUACAUUGAUAUCGUGCUGCACUUGCUUUGAUCUCUGCAGGACCGCAACUGUAAUCCAGACAAGCUGUUUCAGUCUCUCUGAUGAUCAGCUUGCAUCUGACGAACCAUUCAGACCAACCGUGUGCUGAUUUUGAUCAUUAGAAUAUAUUCAUAUCCUAUGAAGCCUGAUAUAAAUAUCUGUAUA